AAAGCGUAAGACACCGGUAUGGAUCACUUCAAAUGUAUUUUUCAGAAGACAGAAGUCGUUCAGAGGUGAAUGCGGUACCACGGGAUAAAAACAAUUCAUCGUUUGCCAAGGGCAAAAUUAUUUGAGGUCAUGUCGGUAAUGAAGAGUUCACGGUGGCAGCAUCAGAAGAGGACCAGGAGUAAAUCCUCCGCAGCAAUGUCUGUUGAGGUGUCUCCAGACUCUAAAUGUCCCAUCUGUUUGGACACAUUCAACAACAUGUCUUACCUGAACCUGUGCCUGCACAAAUUCUGCUUCUGUUGCAUCCACGAGUGGUCCAAAAACAAAGCAGAGUGUCCUCUGUGCAAACAGCCAUUCAACUCCAUCUAUCACAGUAUAAAGUCAGAGCAAGACUUCAAAACAUAUGAGCUGCGGCCAACAGAUAACGGCUCUUUUGGAAGUGUUGGGGGCGCACGUUUUCGGUACCGCACCACAAUGACAGGGGUGCAGAGACAGGUGCAGAGGAGAACAUCCCCACCCCCAGACCAUGGAGUAAUGUUUGAGGGUUUGUCAAACCCUUCUCAAGAGAGGCAGAACCGUGGCCUAAGACGUAUGAUGAUGAGGUUGGCAGCCAGGAGAAGAGCUGCUAGUGAAGGGAGGAUGGUGCGCAGUGUCGGUGAGCAAGAAAUUGUGAACUUCAGGAGGGAAUUAUACCGACGAGGGGUGAGGGUUGGGGGUGUGCGGGAUGGUGGUCGCUCCAGAGACACCACAGCUGAAUUCUACCAAAGGAACCCAGCCUGUCUGCAUAGACUGGUGCCCUGGUUAAAAAGAGAGCUAGUGGUGUUGUACGGGGCCCAUGGCUCCCUGGUCAAUAUCGUACAACACAUCAUUAUGUCACGUAUAACCCGCUACGACAUGGAGGACCGAGCCAUUGAGGGAGAACUCUGGCCUUUUCUUCAGGGGCGGACAGAACACUUUCUUCAUGAGUUCAUCAGCUUUGCAAAGUCUCCCUUUAAUAUGGAAGCCUACGAUCAACAUGCUGUCUAUGACUGCCCUGCACCUUCCUCAAAUGAAGACAGCAGCUCCAACUCAUCAGUGAUUACUAUCUCGGAGGAUGAGCAGAUGUCUGUGGAGUUGGACAUUCUAGGAGACAGCGUGUCCAGUAGUUCUCUGAGCCAGUCUGUGUGGGAUGAUGAGACACCUGGGCCAUCGUAUUCCACAUCACUGGAACGUAAUGAGGCUCUGCAGCAGCUGGUCCCUCACGCAGACACAGAUAGUAGCAUGGGGGAGGAACCUCAAGAGUACAGGGCCUCUGCCCAGCAUCAAAGCCCUCGCAACCAAAUGGACCCAGCCAAGUGCAACGCUAAAAACAAUGAAUGUUUGUCAUCUGAUGAGAAUGACUGUGUUAUUGUGGGGUUUGUCAAGCCAGUGGCAGAAAGGACUCCAGAAUUGGUGCAGCUCUCCUCAGAUUCCGAGGAGUCCUCCCCAGGGGAGACCAAAGACGUUCCUCGAUUGCCUCAACACAUCCGCUUCCCCAGUCUCAGUCCUCCAGCUUCACCAAAUAGGGAUCAGGGCAGCUCUGAACAGUCAGAGAGCGUGGACGAGGAGCAUAAUCGAUCUGAUUCAAAAGAAAGGCGCAGUACCUCAGUCUCAAGCAGACAGAAGUCAUCCAGUUAUUCAGAGAGAAGAAACAGAAACCACUACAGCAAAGACAGAGAUAGAAGACAACAUCAUGAUGUUCAAUCCAGGGAAAGGGAGAGGUUGAGGAGCAGAAACAGAAGGAUGUUAAGAAGUGAGGACCAAAAGCAUUUAACUAACAGCCCUGACAAGGUUGGCGCUCUCUCCAAAAGUAGGUACCAUUCUCACUAUGGUAGUAGAGACUCUUUCCACUCGAAAUGGGACGGUACUGACAGAAUGAGGACCUGUGACUCCCGCCAUUCCAGAUACCUCCGAGACGCACCAUAUUACAAUUAUCCUUCACAAUCACAUAGUCACUACAGCAAUGACAGAGAUGACGGUGGGAUGCGUUGCACAGAGAAACAGUCCUACUAUUCCAGCUGUCGUAGAAACUCUGAUCAACAGUCUUAUUCUCGAUCUCGUUCCCAUAGUGAAGACUCCCAUCGUCGGGACAGGAGGCGUUCCCGAUCAAGGACAUACUCCAGCAGUUACUCACCAUCUAGUCAAAGGAAGUCACACCACGAAAAGCCUGGUGGUAAGAGGAAGUACAAGUCAAGACACCUGGAUGAAGCCACCAAAAGAGCAUUCUCAAAAUCUUACCCUGAGCCAGAUUCUUCCACCUUACCGCCAACAGAAAAGAAGAGCAAAGAGAAACACCAUAAAAAGUCCAAGAACAAGUCGAGGAGAAGGCGAAGCAAAAGCCUCCGUGUAGAAAUUGUCAAUGAAGAUGGUAGCUCAUCUGAGAGGAACAGAAAGCACCACAAGAAAAAGAAGAAACAUAAGAAGAAAAGCAAAAGACAAAAGAGUAAGGACCCCACUGGGCGAUGCUCACCUGCUGUCAUUACCAUUGAUAGUGACAGUGAUCACUCCCCUGUCAACAGUGUCAUUGAGGCCUGUACCAUUGACAAGAGCAAUCCUAUCAAUAGUGCAUCAGAUAGCCCUCCAGACUCAACACAUCUGGAUACUAUGCCACAACUAGAAAAUCAGGUUCCUACUGUGGGCUCUGACAGAUGUCUCUAAGACAGGCUCACGUCCUGGUUGCUGAUGCCUUAGGUAGUAUUAGAGAACAAAAUGAUGUUGCACAUGUUGCAGGUGAAUGCUCCUUGAAUGUUUUGGGGGCUGUGGGGUGGGGUCUUUUAUCACUUUCUGAAUGCCAACUCAAGUACUUAGUAUUUACCACAGCUAAUAUAGCAUUAGCCCAUUUAUUACAGUAACCAGUUGUAUUUAAGAUGAUUAUUGGAUCAUUGUCCCUUUUUACAUUGUCAUGGCCUCGUUGCUUGACCAUGAUAAAACCAUGAUGAGACUCUUACUCCUUGGGUAAAAUGGUGCUAUUUUAAGUGCCAUCCUGCUGGGUGAAGCAUAUUAUAAUGUUGGGAGUCUCCUUUUAGGGGUUAAGAAUAACUGGACACAUUCUCAUCUCAUCAUCAGCCGCUUCUUCGGGGUCGGGUCGCGGUGGCAGCAAGCCAAGUAGGGCACUCCAGACGUCCCUCUCCCCAGUAACGCCCUCCAGCUCCUCAUGGGGGGUCCCAAGGUGUUCCCAGGCCAGAUUGGACAUGGAGUCCCUCCAGCGAGUUCUGGGUCUACCCUGGAGUCUCCUCCCAGUUGGAUGUGCCCGGAAAACCUCCAAAUUAAGGCACCCAGGUGGCAUACUAAUCAGAUGCCCGAACCAGCUCAACUGGCUCCUUUCGACGUAAAGGAGCUGCGGCUCCGCUCUGAGCUCCCUCCGGAUGUCCGAGCUAGGGAUGGCACGAUACCACUUUUUCAUGUCCGAUACUGAUACCAAUAUCACAGCCUUGAGUAACUGCCGAUACCUAUCCGAUACUGCCCCCCCCCCCGCUCUUAAACAACAACCUUUGUUUAACCUGGCCAUCUAUAAAACAUCAUGCUAAAACUCUGAAAACAAAUAUCCUACUCCCCUAAAGGAAGAAAUACAUAGCACACAUGACUCAGUUAUGCAAAUAGUGCUGCUGCUUUUUAUUUUGUUCAUAUCUUUUAACACAGAGCUUAUCAGCAUUUUGAUUGUCAGCAGUGCCCAACAUUCAAAAUGAAAUGUAAAGUGCAACUUUGUGCAAAAGUUUAAACUUGAGUAUUUAGUAACAAAGGAAUUACUACAAUGCCAAUGUCAAAUAAAAUAGUGGCUAUAACUCAACACUCAAUGAAUGUAGCCUAUAACUCAAUAGCAUAGCAAAAAAUAAGUUGCAUGUAGACCAUAACUUAAAUAACUAUAACUUGACAUAGAAAAUAGCAUCCAAUAUGAAAUGUACAGUGGAACAGUAUGAUAAACAUUGCAUCUUAAGGCACUCAGAACUCUAGGCUUUUCCAUCUGAUAUCAUGCUAGCUGCAUUGAAAAAAAAAUCUAAGGUAAAAAAAAACUGCAAGUUCUAAAGUUUCUUUCACAUGUAACCUCUAGGCUUGAACUGUAUGUAAAACACCUGAAUAAAAGCAACUAAACAGAGUACAAUUCCAGUAUGAAAAUAAGGACAGCGGGCACACGUCUGAGCUCCAGAUGUCAGUCGUGAAACUCAAGCUGGCAACGUUUCCCCAAGCGUUUAGAAAUAAACUCGCACACAUGUACUUGUUUGGGAUAGCCGUGUCGGAGAUAAAAAUGCCGGUUUGGCGAGAUGUAGCGAGGCUCCAAAUGUUCAACUAAGCGUUGGAAACCAACAUUUUCCACAACAGAAACGGGCUGGUCAUCCAGCACACAUUCGAUUAUUUUCUCCGCUAUCAGCUUUUCUUUGUUACCGUUUGCAGGGAGUUUCUCGCGCUUCUGAAUGGUUUCCAGCAAUGUUUGCAAACGUUUCCUCUUGGCAUUCGUUGCACGUAUGAACUCGGCAUACUCCUUUCCAUGAUGAAUCUGCAAGUGUUUAAUUAAGUUCGUGGUGUUGAAGUUUCCCGUGUUGCUGCAACCCCUAGAAAUACUUGCGUUGCAGAUAUUACUCUUGGCUGUUUUGCUUUUUUCUUUCUUGAGCUUAAAAUAAUUCAAUACAGCUGACAUGACCGCGGCGCGCUACUAACACGCUCACUCGAGUUCAGCUGACGUCGUCCCUGCUACUGCUCACGUGACACCGCUCGCUUUACGGCAUGUAGCAUCGGAUCGGAACAUACUUCCUUGUUUUUCCGAUACCCGAUCCUGUGAAUUUGGCCAGUAUCUGACCGAUAACGAUACUGAAUAUCGGCUCGGCGCCAUCCCUAGUCCGAGCUCCUCACAUUAUCUCUAAGGCUGAGCCGAGACACUCUACGUAUGUAGAUGGUAGUAACUGGACAAGUUACUACCGUCAAACAACUAUCAAAUCCUGUACCUUUCUUAGCCCGAUUGUGUUUUUUCCAGUUUUAGAAAGAAAACUAUGUAUGCAUAUAUCGGCCCUGUGAUGGCCUGGGAGCCUGUCCAGGAUGUCUCCCCGCCUGCCGCCCAGUGACUACUGGAAUAGGCUCCAGCGUCCCCGCGACCCUGAGAGCAGGAUAAGCGGUUUGGAUAAUGGAUGAAUGGAUGGUUACUACUAUGAAAAGAUUUUCAUCUCCCAAGAUUGCACUCAGGGAUAAUCUUGAAUACAGUUUUACUAAAUUUUAUUUUAUUUUACUACCAAAUGUGUUGUUGAGACUUAACAUGUCCCAUUUGCUGCUAAUGGAAUCUUCUGAUUGAAAUUUUUUCUAUUACCAGCUGAAUGGUUACUUUUGUACAAGUUGUGUUUAAAGAAUAAAUUGGUAGUAGUUUCAC